AUGGGUUCAAUGUCAGUAAGUGCCGGCGGCGAUAGCAGCAAAGGUACGGUAUCAAUCAACCAUGGUUGGUUUGAUCUUUGGUACGUUUGGUUGAUUGGAGUCGUUUUGUUCGCCAUUGUGCUUGCAAUCGUCAUCGGAGUCGUCGUUUACAUGGUGCGUCGACAGAAGUAG